UUACUUUUUAGUUGCCAAAAUCCAAGAGAAUGAUUCUAUUUCUAGUUUAGUUUAGUUUUGUUUGGUUUUUUCUGUUUUCUUAUGUAGUUUGUCUUCUUCUUGCGGCGCACGUCAAAUAACACCUCAUUCAUUCUCUUCUUUUCCUUUGACUUGCCAUUCAUUUUCUUUAUUCAAAUUUCAUUUACAAUUUCUCUAAGCUGUUAACAUCUUUAUGAUCUUUUUCCACUUACCUUAAUCCUUUAUAAUUAGUACUAUUAUGGCUUUUCCUACUUCUUUAGAAGAUUGGAUUAAGGCUUCUUAUGUUGUUUUUGCAUUCUUCUCAGCUUUAUUCAUUGGUGCCUUAAAAGGUUUAAUUGUGGGUCCUAUUGCUGCUCUUAUAUUGAUCAUAGGAAACGUUGGAGUGAUUUUAGUAUUGUUUCCUGCACAUGUGGCUUGGACUGUUUAUACCAUUUUGAAGACUCAAAUAGUUGAUGCAGCUUUGAAAGUUGCUAUUUUGAUUGCUUUGCCUGCUUUGUUUGGUUUAUGGUUGGGUUUAGGCAUAGCUGGUAGUGUUCUUGUUGCUAUUGGCUAUGGCUUUUUUACUCCUUGGGUUUCAACUUUUGAGGCCUUUAGACAUGACAAUGAGUCAAAGAAAUUCAUGCACUGUGUUGUGGAUGGAACCUUGGGAACUAUCAAAGGAAGUUGCACUGUGGUUAGGGAUUUUGCAGAUAUAUGUUACCAUUCAUAUCCAAGUUACUUGAAGGAACGACGUGAAUGUUCAGACCAGUGUAAGACACUAAGGUUAAUUCAUGUUCCUGGAUGUGUGAUUGUAGGGAUAGUGGGACUAAUUGUUGAGGUUCCUUUAUUCACUGCAAUUGCUAUAGUUAAGAGUCCAUACCUAUUGUUCAAGGGAUGGUACAGACUUUUGCAUGAUUUAAUCAGCAGAGAAGGUCCAUUCCUUGAAACAGUUUGUGUCCCAAUUGCUGGUUUAACAAUCUUUGUGUGGCCUCUUGUUGUCAUUGCCAGCAUUUUAUUGGCUAUUUUCUCUAGCAUUUUUGUUGGACUAUAUGCCUCUAUUAUAGUUUAUCAGGAAAGAUCUUUUCGUCGAGGUUUAGCUUAUAUAAUGGCAAUGGUUGCUGAGUUUGAUGAAUAUACAAAUGAUUGGCUCUAUCUUAGAGAGGGGACAUUCUUUCCAAAGCCCCAAUAUCGAAAGAAAUUGGUUUCUCAAUCAUCUGAGUUUUCUACUCGGGGGGGAAAUAGUGUGUCCGGAAGCAGAAGAAAUACUACUAUGGAACCACCUGCUAUGUUCAUGCCAAACUUAGCUCCUUCAAGAUCAGUUAGAGAGACCAUUCAAGAAGUUAAAAUGGUUCAGAUUUGGGGAAAUAUGAUGAGGUCCUGUGAGAUAAGAGGCAAGGAAUUAUUGGAUGCUAAUGUAGUAACAACUGCUGAUCUUUAUGAGUGGUUGAGAGGAAAGAAUGUUAAUGAAGCAUCCAUAGUUGGUGUUGGUUUACCUUGUUAUUCACUUCUACAAACACUUCUCUUUUCCAUUAAAGCUAACUCAAAUGGUGUAUUGCUACUUGAUGAUUUUGAGAUAACUCAUUUCAAUAGACCAAAGGAUAAGUUGUUGGAUUGGUUCUUUAAUCCAGUAAUGGUUCUCAAGGAACAGAUUAGGGUUAUUAAGUUGGUUGAAGGUGAAGUGAGAUACUUGGAAAAAGUUGUUUUGUUUGGAGUUAAUAAACAAAGGUUUGAAGCUUGGGAUAAUGGUGGUUUGUUGAUUCCUGAUAGUCUUAGAGCUGCUCAAAUUGAGGGAAUUUCUAGAAGGAUGAUUGGAAUGAUAAGAGGUGUAACAAAGCUUCCAACAUACAGAAGAAAGUUUCGUCAAGUUGUUAAGGAACUAUUGACUUAUUCAUUGGAGAAAGAUACUUCAGGAAAGGCUUUGGUUAUUCAUUCUAUGGAUAGAGAUGUUUCUGAAAAGUCUUUAGUUACUCGUUAUUUGGAGAAAGAUCAUCCUUCUGGAAGAUCCAGUACUAGGUCUAUAGUAUCAGUUCCAUCAGAUGAAAAUGUUUAAGAUAAACUAGUACUUGUUUUUCUUCAUUAUUCUUGUUUAUGAAUCAUUGUAAAUUCCUUUAGAUUGA